AUGACACACUUCCAUCAUUACGUCUACGGAAAUCAGGUGGCAGUAGAAACUGAUCACAAGCCCCUGGUUGGAUUGGUGGAUAAGCCAAUUGGAUUGUGUUCCCCCCGAAUCCAGCGAAUGCGACUACAGCUGCAGGUUUACAGUUAUCAACUCGUCUACAAGCCCGGGAAGGAACUCGUUCUGGCAAAUACGCUCAGCAGAGCGCCAGACACUCAGGAAUAUGCGACGGAUCAGUCGCAAAUAAACGAAGAAUAUGUUCACGCAAUGCUCAGCUACGUCAUCCCAGAAGAAACGCUCGUCGUUGGAUUAGUGGAAAAUGGGUGGCCCAAUCACAAGCGAGAUUGCCCGGUGCCGGCAAAGCCAUUUUGGUCGGAAAGGGCCAGUUUAUCGACAGCUGGAGGUCUGCUACUUCGUGGACAUCAGAUAGUUGUUCCCGUCUCUCUGCAGUCAGACAUGUUAAAGCAGAUUCACGAUGGCCACUUUGGAGAGUCCAAAUGUCUCGAAAGAGCCAAGUCAGUUGCCUACUGGCCAGGAUAUGUCGAAGAAAUACGCAACCUUGUAGCUGGAUGUCGUAUAUGUCAAUUUGAGCGGCGUCACCAAAAUCCACAUCAACAGCAUUAUCCGGUCGAAGUUCCAGAAUACCCCUUUCAACGUGUGGCGACCGAUUUCUUCCAGUUACGUUGUAAAGACUAUUUAUUAGCUGUUGACUACUUUAGUAAAUGGCCCAAUGUCAUCGAAAUGUCCUCUACUACAAGUGCGGCCACAAUCAAAUAA